CCUGCCUUCAGCUUUCCUGGACUUGCACAGCAUGCAGCUCGCGUCGCUGUCGUGAUGUAACUGGCUUGUUAGCUGCUUUGCAGUCGAUCGCAACUCUAUUUAAAGGUUCGUGCUGUUCGGAAUCCCUAUUGUCGAAUCGUAUAGGGGGAGGCUAUCUUCGGCGCCGCGUUUUUGACAUCGAAAUCGCACAGGGCUUACUGACAGUCCUGAUGCAUAGGUUGCUUACAUUCUUUAACUUGAUCAUACUUUCGGCUUUUUUCUCUUUCUUUUGCUCUUUCGUCGUAGCUGUCGCUCCUUGAUCAACUCCUAUCCCAGUUCUGUUCUUCGCGCAUUCGAUUACAGCGACCCUUGGCUGAUAUCACGCUCAAUAUCCCUCUCCUUCGUCUAGCCACAACAUGAUAGUCAACAUUAAUUGCUAGCAGCAUAGCAACUACCUAUUUAGAACAUCAUGGCAUUCUCACCAGUCAACUCAGAAGCAAGUGAUGCGCCACCUCCAGGGCCCACGCAACAUGCGCUGGGUAUUCCUCGUCCGCCUUCCGUGGGAGGUAUCUCGUCUCGAGUAACGGAGGAUAUGACUUCUGAAGAUGGGGAUCAGUCACAAUCAAAUACCGGAAUCUCCUCGUACGCACCGCACCGGUCACGGCCAUCCGUGUCUAGUAGGCCCGGUCCUCCCCCUGUGAGGAGUUCUGUUACCAGCCAACCAGCAACCCGACCAGGAAGCUCGAAUAGCAGACUGAGCCGGAGCCACAUUCCUUCAUUGACAGCGCAAGGCUUUUUUCGGCCGUUAUCUUCUCAGCGACUCCAAGCCCAUCGAGGCCGUCCUAUGACGAAAGGGACAGAAUCAUCGGACGACUGGGGUGAUCACGCAAGUCAAAAUAGGCGCAGUUUAAUAUCCAAUAGCACGCUUGCUCAGAGCUCCAUUCCACAGGAGCAGGACGUUCCUCCGUCUCGAGGCACGGAAUUCACAGACCCCAUCCUCCCUGACCGAAACACAUCAAACGCCAGUCCCAUUGGUAAUACAACAGCGCGAAGUAUAGGCGAAAGUGCUAUGCUUCUACGCGACAAAGAAAGACAGAACCAACCUUCUCAGCCUCACCUCAACUUGAGCGUGGGUGUUGCUAGUCCAGGCGGUCAUGACAUUUCCCAAAGAUCUCCUCUUACCUUCUUAUCUCCACCAAAUAGAAACGGUGGCCAAGAGCAUCGCGAUAGUCGGAAUCACGAGCGGCUGUCAUCUGCCGGUUCGUCUCCAGGAUCCAUUGAGAAACAGAGUCGGGCGGUAAGCAAAAGCCAUCUGGGCAAGAACUAUGAAUAUUUCCUUGGCAACACUAUUUUCUGUGGUGGUGGGAGGUUUCAAAAUUCUCGGGACAAGCCCGUCAAUGUUGCAACCGGAGUAUUGGUAGUUGUGCCAUCAGCUUUAUUCUUUGGGUUCUCGGCACCUUGGCUUUGGCACAAUAUCUCACCCGCUAUUCCUAUAUUGUUCGCUUAUCUCUUCUAUCUAUGCUUUUCCUCGUUUUUGCACGCCUCUGUCGUUGACCCCGGGAUCAUUCCUCGUAAUCUUCACUCGAUGCCGCCGCCAGAUCCAUCAGAUGAUCCGCUAGCGAUCGGUCCGCCAACGAAUGACUGGGUUAUGGUUAAGUUGGCGACCUCUGAGGUUGCAGCUAUGGACGUGCCAGUGAAAUUCUGCAAAACCUGCAAUAUAUGGCGACCUCCGCGUUGCUAUCAUUGUCGUGUCUGCGACAAUUGUAUCGAAACACUUGAUCAUCAUUGCGUCUGGCUUAACAACUGUGUCGGCCGUCGCAACUAUCGGUAUUUCUUCACUUUUGUGGGCUCGUCCACACUCCUCGCGUUGUUUUUAAUCGGCGCAAGUCUGGCACAUAUCCUCGUAUAUCGAUCACGAGAGGGCGUUUCUUUCAAUAAUGCGAUCGAUAAAUGGAGGGUGCCUUGGGCUAUGGUCCUCUAUGGAGCCGUUGCGGCUCCGUACCCAGCCUCCCUCUGGGCCUACCACCUAUUCCUGGUUGCUCGGGGAGAGACUACUAGGGAAUAUCUAAAUUCCCACAAGUUUGUGAAAGCGGACCGUCAUCGGCCCUUUACUCAAGGAAAUAUCCUGAAGAAUUGGAUAUCCGUCUUUGGGCGACCUCGGCCCCCGACAUAUAUGCAAUUCAAGAAGUCAUAUCACGAGGGUGACCAGCGCUUAAGCAUGGUGAAACGAAAAUACCUUCCACGAGACGUUGAAGCUCAAGCAGGCAUAGAGAUGCAGCAUGUCCCUUCUGGUCAGCCGCAGGACUGAGUUCUCUAACGAUACUCUCAAAAUAUGGGGCGCCCACCAGACACUAUUUUUAUAGAUAGGGCUCUUCUUCUACCUUUCUCAGGCAUCAGCCAUCUUUAGUUUCUCUCUUUCUCUUCUAAAGAUACGUUCCAGUAAUAAUGGUUUUACGGUCCUUUAUUAUUUUCUUUCGUUUAUUGUUUGGGGUUCAUCUUGCCUCCUCAAUGCAUGAAUAGGCAUAUCUUCACUUUCUUCUGCCCAUACCAAUCUGUCAAGGCAAUUUAUAUACACGUUGAGCCAAGCGUCUUUGAUUUGUUUAUUUGUACUUUUCCUCACACUCUCCUUCUUGUGCCUCGGUUCCUUUUUUCCUUCUGUUUACCUCGACGAAUCUGCUGCGAGGCAACUCUUGGUUUUGGACUCUGAUAUUACGUUAUACGAGGGAUAUUUUGUAUGAUAUCGAAACCCCAACCUGCAGAUAGACUAUGAAUAAUCCAUCCAGAUCCGAAA